GGGUUUUAGGCACAAUUUCGUUCGCAAGUCUCCCAGUCCCAGUUCACUUUUAACAUGUCGGUUUCGGAUCUAAUUGGUGCCCUUGAUGCCAUUCCCAAGCUCACAGUUCCCGAUUCUCCUGCUCCGCCGACUUCGGUAUUCCUCGAUGCUCCCGAAUGGCUAACGGAGAGCUACUUGCAGGAUGCCCUGCGCAAGUACUACAAGGACCAGAGGAUCAGGAUCAACUGGGUUAAGGUGAAUCCCGCCCUGGGCAAGGGGGAGAACUACGGCGGAGUGCUGACCCGCGUGAAGGCACAGUUCACCCGGAGCGAUGGCACUUCGCAACUGGGUCACUACAUAGUAAAGUCCACCUUCGAGGGAAAUGAGUUUGCCCAGAGCACCAUGGAACCCUAUGACAUCUUCAAUCGCGAGAUGAUUAUCUACGAGCAGGUUCUGCCCAAGCAGAAGGCCCUCCUCCGAGAGAUUGGCGAUCCUGAGCAGAUCUUCGCCGAAACCAUGGCCGUGGACAUUGAUAACUCGGCGUUGAUAUUCGAGGAUCUGAAUGCUCGGGGUUUCGUAAUGCCCGACCGUUUGGUGGGUUUGGACCUAAAGCUGACCAAAAUUGUGCUCCGAAAACUGGCCAAGAUGCAUGCCACCUCGGCGGUACUGAACGAACGGGAGAGCCACUCCUUGGAGGGCUACGAUCGAGGGUUCUUCAACCGGUACACCGACAACUACGAGGGUGCAUUCGUUGGUAUGUUCCAGGCGGCUACGCGUCGUGUGGCCCAGUGGCCGGGAUACGAAAAGUACGCGGAGAAGAUGGAGGCCCUGGUGCCCAUCUACAUGGAAUUGGGCAAGCGAAUCUUCGACAUCUCCCCCGGUCACAUUAAUGUUCUGGCCCACGGAGACCUGUGGACCAAUAAUGUUCUGGUUCAGUACGAUAAGGAAACUGGGGAACCGUUGGACGUUGUGAUCAUUGACUUCCAGUACACGGCUUGGGGAUCGCCAGCACUGGAUCUCUUCUACUUCCUGAACACCUCGCUGGAGUUCGAUCUUCACCAGAAUCAUCAGGAGCAGCUGAUUGCCUACUACUUUGGCUUUUUCACAGAAACCCUGAGGAAGCUGCAGUACAAGGGUUCCAUUCCCAGUUUGCAUCAGUUCCACCAGCAAUUGCAGCAGAAGAAAUUCUAUGCUGCUCACACAUCCAUCUCGGUGUUUCCGAUUCAACGAAAUGUGGAGACCGCCGAUGCCGACUUCAAUGCCCUAAUGGAGACCAACCAGCGGGCCAUUAAUUUCAAGAACGCCUGCUAUAGGAACCCGAUUUCUGAAAGAGUUUUGCGUGAACUUCUACCCGGCUUCGAGGCGGAGGGCUUGCUUGAUAAAGAUCAGUAAGGGAUGUGCCCAGCCUAUGCUAUCUUACACCUGUGUUAUAUAGUACACAUUAUACGAAAUUGUAUAUAGAGAAAAAAUAGACAAAUAUUAUAUAUAGUUUAGCCAAUGUAAUCACAAUUGUAUAGUAUACCCAAACUAGGGAAAAUAUUCAAUAUACAUAUUAACACUUAUAUUAAAAUAAACAAAUGUACAUGAUAUAA